GGCGGCGGAGCCGCUCCGGCAGCACGGGCAGCGCCGCCGCCGUCGCCCGCCCUCCCCGCGCCGAGGCUGCCCGCGGAAUGAGCGGCCCCCGGGCGGCUGCCGCUGCCGCCUCCACUCGGGCUCCGGCGGGCGAGCAGAGAGCGCGGCUGCCGGCGCGGUCGCUGCGGCGGGAGCGGAGUGAAUGACCGAGGGGAGCGGCGCGGAGAGGCAGCCCCGGGAUCAGAAUGCGGGCGCCCGCCAACAUCCUCAACCUCCUGCUGCUGUCCUUGCUGGCCGGGCUCGAUCCCUCCAAGACACAGAUUAGCCCCAAGGAAGGGUGGCAAGUUUAUAGUUCAGCCCAGGAUCCUGAUGGCCGUUGCAUUUGCACUGUUGUUGCACCUGAACAAAAUCUAUGUUCAAGAGAUGCCAAAAGCCGGCAACUCAGACAACUGCUAGAGAAGGUUCAGAAUAUGUCCCAAUCUAUUGAAGUUUUAAAUCUACGGACUCAGAGGGAUUUCCAGUAUGUUUUAAAAAUGGAAACACAAAUGAAAGGGCUGAAGGCCAAGUUUCGGCAAAUUGAAGAUGAUCGGAAGACAUUAAUGACAAAGCAUUUUCAAGAGUUGAAAGAAAAGAUGGAUGAGCUCCUGCCACUGAUCCCAGUUCUGGAACAAUACAAAACUGAUGCCAAAUUAAUCACCCAGUUCAAGGAGGAAAUUAGGAAUCUGUCUACUGUCCUCACUGGGAUUCAGGAAGAAAUUGGUGCUUAUGACUAUGAGGAACUACACCAGCGUGUACUCAGUUUAGAAACCAGGCUUCGAGACUGCAUGAAAAAGCUCACAUGUGGCAAAUUGAUGAAAAUUACAGGCCCCAUUACAGUCAAGAUAUCCGGAACCCGAUUUGGAGCCUGGAUGACAGACCCAUUAGCAUCAGAGAAAAACAACCGAGUCUGGUACAUGGAUAGUUACACUAACAAUAAAAUUGUCCGUGAAUAUAAAUCAAUUGCAGACUUUGUCAGUGGGGCUGAAUCAAGGACAUACAACCUUCCAUUCAAAUGGGCAGGAACCAACCAUGUUGUCUACAAUGGCUCCCUCUAUUUCAACAAGUAUCAAAGCAACAUCAUCAUCAAAUACAGCUUUGACACUGGGCGGGUGCUUGCACAGCGUAGCCUUGAGUAUGCUGGCUUUCACAAUGUCUACCCUUACACCUGGGGUGGCUUUUCUGAUAUUGACCUGAUGGCAGACGAAAUUGGGCUGUGGGCUGUGUAUGCCACCAACCAGAAUGCAGGCAACAUUGUCAUCAGCCAGCUAAACCAGGAUACACUGGAGGUGCUGAAGAGCUGGAGCACAGGCUACCCAAAGAGAAGUGCUGGAGAAUCCUUCAUGAUCUGUGGCACCUUGUAUGUUACUAACUCUCACUUAACAGGAGCCAAGGUCUACUAUUCUUAUUCCACAAAAACCUCCACUUAUGAGUAUACAGACAUUCCUUUCCAUAAUCAGUAUUUUCAUAUAUCCAUGCUUGACUACAAUGCAAGAGAUAGAGCUCUCUAUGCCUGGAAUAACGGACACCAAGUCCUGUUUAACGUCACCCUUUUCCACGUCAUUAAAACUGAAGAUGACACAUAAUUUUCUUUCCCUUCCCUUUCUCUCACCUCCCUCCCUCAAAGCAGUGUCAUUUGUGAUAAACUCUAAGAGCAUCCAUCUUUCUCAGUUCCUUUUAAUUUAUAUUUCUUUUUUCAUUAAGGAAAAGCAACAUUUUCUACCAUAUAACGCAUUUCAAAUAUGGCCAAGCCUGUCAAAAAUGACCUAUUGGAAAUAAAAGCAUCUUAACUCAUGAUUCUACAAGGUCUGUCAAGACCUUGUCUUGAAAAGCACUAAAGAGGAUUUAAGUGGAUAAAGACAGUUUUAAAAAGAUUAUGAUCUGCCUUAUUUUAGAGUCAGAGACUAAUGGUGGCUUAAAUGCAUGAAUGUCUUUUUUUACCUCAUUUUUGUUUUUAAUCUAUUGCUCAACUUCAGGAUAUAUUUUGGUAGUGUCAGACACAUAUUGCACAUUGUAUUUUUUUAUUUAUUCCGAGAGAAAGAUUUAGGAAUUUAAUUUACUUGGACAUGGAGUAACAUUCAUUUUGCCAUCACCCAAUUUCAGAUGUGGUGCUGUACAGUAUGUUUUUAAAUCUCUUGCAAACAUUUUAUCAACAGUAUGUAUUUCUACCAUUGUAACCACCAUUGUGCAAUUGUAUCUCUUCACUUAUGUGAAAGUAAACUAAGUACUAUUUUUUAUAAAA